AUGCUUGCGCUCAUAGUUCUGCUCUUUGUGCAUUUUGUGUCUGCUGACAAUGAAACUGUUCCGUUUGUUGGAUGGAAGGUAUGUCCCAAUGGAGAAUUUGUAAAGGGGAUGAUGAUUAAAUAUCAAAAAGGAUCGACUACCACUGCUCUUGAUGCGGUUGCGCUAUAUUGUGCACCAUUGUAUUCGUGUAAAGAAGACAAGCACAACUGGAUAAUGUCUGGAGAAGCAACAUGGGGUCAAUGGAACAUUCAAAUUCAAUGGUGCCCAUCUGGAACAACUGCUGUCGGAUAUUCGAUUAGACGAUCCAACAAUCAUUCAUGCAUUGCUCAGCCCGAGACACUCAUAAAUUUUCAAAUUAAAUGUGAGAAUCCGUACGCACGAGACAUUAAGAAAGGAGUUUGGCUCGAAGGAAAAACCGAAAACUGUGGAGUAUGGGACAUCAAGAAAUAUUGUGUCAAUAAAACAGCAUUGUGUGGAAUUAAUACUGCUGUGAAACCUUAUAAAAGAAAAGAUAUUCCAACCGGAGUAGUGGACGUCAAUAUUAAAUGUUGUAAUUUGGAUUUUGAUAAUCAAUAAGUUCCAAAUUUUUCUAUCAUUGAAUGAAUAUUUUA